AUGAAGGGCUACCAGGUGAGCCGCAGUUUGUCGCAGCACUCAUCUGGCCCAUGCCACUGCAUGCCUGAGGACUGCGAUGCUGCUCAAGACUACCCAGAGCACUACCAAGGGCACAAUGACCACCCCUACUAUCCGCCUGGUGGGCCCCCCGAGCCACUGGCCCCACCCCACUCUGGAGGCGGCACCUUCCCGCGCUCGCACCCUGUCCAGCAGCAGACCUAUGACUCAUGUGAGGAGUGUCUGUCAUCACACAGCCACAGCCAUGCCAAGAUGCACCGCAUCCCACCCAACCUGCUGGACCAAUUUGAGAAGCAGCUGCCCUUCCACCCUGAUGGCUUCCACACACUGCAGUACCAGCGUGCGGCCAGCGUGGAGCAGCGCAGCGAAAGCCCCAGUCGCAUCCGCCACCUGGUGAACUCCGUACAGCGCCUCUUUGCUAAGUCCCAUUCACUGGAGGCGCCAGCCAAGCGCGAGCUCAACGGCACCCGCAGUGGCAGUGGCAGCGAGGGCCGCGAGAGGGAGCGAGAACGGGGCCACCGCAGCAGCGGUGAGGAUGUGGGUGGGCAGCACCCUGGUGGCACGCAUCAAUCCCGCUCGACCCGCCGCAACAAGAGCCGUGAGCGCAGUAAGAGCGGUGACUCACGCCAGGAGCCACGGCACAGCUCUCGGCACCGCAGCAGAACGGCUGGCUGGUGGAGCUCCGAUGACAAUUUGGAUAGUGACAGUAGCUUCCUGGUUCCUGGUAGGCGUAUCGGGCGGGGGAUGGCUGCAGGCCCUGAGAGCCUGGAUGCAGCCAUCCAGGAACUGACCCUGAAGAAGGCCAAAGGGCCUGCUCCAGCAGAGUGCCUGGCCUGCUCCACCAUGGCCCGGGCAGGAGAUGGCGGCCACUCCCUGAAGAGGAGCACCUGGUCAGCCAUGACGGUCAGCCAAGCCAGAGAGGCGUACCCAACCUCCCGGGGAAGUGGAGCAGGGGGAGGGGGGCCAGGGUAUGAUAGGGCCCUGGUGCCCCUAGACACCAAGAUAAAGGAGCGCAGCCUCCACUACCUAAAGGUCCCUUCAGAUGAGUGGGGUGGAGGGGGCAUGUCAGACAGUGGUGGAGAGAUCCCUUGCAGGCGCAUGCGCAGCGGCAGCUAUAUCAAGGCCAUGGGUGAUGACGACAGCGCCGACUCUGAACCCAGCCCAAAGACGUCGCCCAAGCACUCGCUCCUGGCACAGAGGGAGGCCUUCCGCCGCUCCAUAAGCAUGGAUCAGCGCUCCUCUGCCUCCAAAUAUUCAUGUAAACAGUGUACCGAUUCCUACUCAAACAGCCGUACCACACCAAAAGGCCACACUCGCUCACGCAGCUACACACGCUCCCUUACCAGCUCUCAGCUGGGUGACACCCUGAACCGUCAGUUUGAGUCGGUGUGUGAGACCAUGUUUGGAGAACUGGAGUCACAGGCCGUGGAGGCACUGGACCUGCCCGGGUGCUUCCGUACACGCAGCCACAGCUACGUGCGUGCCAUCCAGGCAGGCUGCUCCCAGGAUGACGACUGCUUGUCUGUCUUCUCCAUGGCCGGCCCCCAGGGGAGCAUGAAGGGCGGAGCAGUGUUCCCAUAUAGGAAAGGCCCACCUCCACUUCCUCCACGUAUGUCCAAGCCCAUGAUCUCUGUGACAGCCCAGAGCAGCACUGAGUCCACACAGGAUGCCUACUUCCAGAGCACUGGGCAGCCCAUGCUGGGUCAGCCCAGGCAGCACAGCAACUCCGUGGAUCUGACCGAGAGCAGUGGUGGGCGCACGUCUAGAGGGGGAUACUACCCAGGAACAGGGUCGGCACGCCUCCGCCAGACCAGCAACUCCACAGAGAGCGUGGAUGGCAGGGCCCUGCGGGACGUCAUCUACCCAGCAGGCUCGGGGCCCAUGAGGCCCAAGCACAGCACCUCAGCUGACAGCCUGCUGGAGGGACCCAGGGGGCCCAGAGAGCGCGGUGGAGGUAGCCUGGGCAAGUCUGCCUCACUGCCCCAAAAUAGCAUUGCCCUGAGCAAAGCGGCCCAGAGCACAGAGGAGUACAGACAGGAAGGCAAGGGCCGCAAGUGGAGGUCCUCUAUAGCUGUGCAGGUUGACAGCUCAGAGACUCUUUCAGACUCAGACACCGAGGGCAAAGUGCUAAGAGAGGUGCACUCCAUUGGAGUCCAAGUGGAGGAUGAUAAACGACGUGCACGUUUCAAACGUUCCAACAGCGUGACGGCAAGCGUCCAGGCAGACCUGGAGAUGGAGGGCUUUGGCACCCUGAGUGUUCCUACCCAGGAUAAGGGUCUGCAGUUUGGCUGCUCCUUCCAGCGCCAUUCCUCAGAGCCUGAGUCUGCCGGCCAGCUAGUAGAAUACCGCACUGUCCACACGCAGGGUCAGUGGGCCUACCGCGAUGAAUACCACACCGCCUACUCAGCCGAGCCCUGCCCCCUGGAGCUACGAGCCCCACCCCGUGCCCACUCACCCCUGACCCCUGAGCGGGCAGUGGUGAGCUGGCAUGAGGGUCCCCGCAGCUUGCCAGACUCGGGUCGAGCAUCUCCCUGCCUCCGGGAUGGAGAAUUCUUCCUCCGGCUCCUGCAGACUGAGGUGGAGCGGGUGGAGGGGUGGUGCCAGAGUAUGGAGAGAGAGGCAGAAGACAAUGAGCUACCAGAGGAGGUGCUGGAGCUGAUCAGAACUGCAGUGGGCAGUGCCCAGAUACUCAUGUCCCAGAAGGUGCAGCAGUUCUUCCGUAUGUGCCAGCAGAGUGUGGACCCCUCAGCAUAUCCCCAGCCCAGCUCUCAGGAUCUGGCCGGCUUCUGGGACCUGCUGCAGCUCGCCAUUGAGGAUGUGCGGGUCAAGUUCCAAGACCUGCAGCACAUAAAGGACUCAGGCUGGAGGCUGGAGAAGAAGGAUGAAAAGAAGCGCCCUCCUCCUUUACCAAAGAAGCCAGCAGGUGGCGUGGGUGGAAGUCUGCGGGCAGAAAGCCUGGUCGAGACUGGGCUGAGCGGAGGCGGAGGCACGCUCAUGGUGGCCCAUGGGCAUGGCAUGCCCAUGCGUGAGAAGUCACUGGACCUGGGCGAGCGGCCGAGGCAGGAGGCUCGUCGGAGGCUCCUCCAGGCGGGGCCCAAACGGGUGGCUUCUUUCCGCCAGAACUCCGCCACGGAGAGCGCAGACAGCAUCGAGAUCUACAUCCCUGAGGCACAGACCAGACUGUGAGCCAGCCAACACUGCUUUGUCCAUCACACACCCCUGCCACCUGCACGUACCCCCAUGCACAUAAGUGGUCAGCAAGGAGGCUUGGAGCCGUGAAACUCACACACAGCACAUGUUUAAAAAUGACAUGGAGAAGUGGAAAGUUGGUUACCGUCUGGAUCUGUGCUCACUCACUUAUUAAACCAGUACUAAUCCUCACAGGAAACAAAGGGCUCCCAACAGCACAACCAAUUUGUAUGAUAUUGACGCAUUGCUUUGGUAAGGUUUGUAUAAUAUUCCACAACCUUAGAACUGUUUCAAUAAAUGCCUCUGAAAAAAAAGAAACAAGUGCAAAAUUAUCUUGGUGAGAGGAUCUUAGAAUUUAGUUACAAAUAACUGACUCUUUUGAUAUAGUCUUAAUAUUUUAACUGUGCAUUUAGUUUUCCUAGUGUUGUGAUAGUAGGUCCUCUCACUGUGAAAGAACAGCACACUCUUGUGGCUAGGUUAAAUAAGUGCACCCCUAAAACUCAGGCCAACCAGUAUGAAUUUGGGCUUUCUCUCUUUGACAAUGAACUACAGGAGCAGCAUAACUCAGCAUCCACACCUAUUCAUUUUCAACAGGGAUACACUUUCAAUUGAAAUGUCCAAUUUGUUUUUUGUUUAUCUUGGCAUAUAUAUAAAUAUGGAUGCAAUGACAGAUGAGGAUAGAGAAAAAAAAAUUUAGGCUCCCAAGCAGCAAAUUGUGCUGAGGUUUGGACCACAUCUAAAUGUUUUAGUUCAACAGCUGCAAGAGAGUGCAGAAGACAAUCCCCACUUUCACCUGCAUCCUGUUAAGAGAACCGUUCAGAAAAGGAAAACUCCUCACUCAGUCCACUGAUCCACCACAAGCAUCUAUGUGUAAAUAACUGAAGUGUGAAAUGUUUUUUGGGUGAAGUCAGUAUCACUGUCAUCUCUGUCAUAGAUUGACAGAGCCAAAAAUUCUAGCCUCUCUAGCAUUAGAAAGGAGUUCAAGAAAAAUGUUUGUGAACCAUUUGGAAUUACCUGGAUUUCUGCAUAAAUAUCAUAAAUAUUUAAUCAGAAAUAUAUGGACUGAUCUUUAAUAGAUAAACACAAUCUCUUACUAAUAACACAUACUAUUGGGCUUUUAGACAAUACUUAACACUUGCUGUAAAUAGUAAGUGAACCCUUGUAAUUACUAACUGGUAACAGCAAAACCUCCACCUAAUCUUUCCUGCAUCUACUAAACACAAUUUGCACAAUGGCUAUGAGAAGGUUUGACUCUUUCCAUAAUUUCUUCUAUGAACACUUCAGGCCAUGA